UCCUCUCUCUCUCAAAAAAAAAAAAAAAAGGGAAAAAGGAAAAUACUUUCUUGCUUGCUUCUAAGUAAACAAUCAAAACCAAAAACAAAAUUAAAAAGAUUUUGAUUUUGAUUAUUUUCUUCAGUUUCUGAUCCACUAAUCCAAUCAGGCUUUAAAGUACUGAGGUUGUGUGGUUCUUUUGAUUUCUGAUGUCUCCGCUGCUGCUUGGCGUGGAGGAGGAAGGGGAUCAGAGCAAUGUAACUUUACUGGGUUCUUCAGGCUCCAUGGAUAGUGCGUGUCAGAAUAGUGCUGAAUUGAAGGAGCGCAAUUACAUGGGAUUGUCUGAUUGUUCUUCCGUGGAUAGCUCUGUUGUCUCCCGUGUGUCUGAGGAAAGCAAUGCUAGUUUGAAUCUGAAGGCAACAGAGCUUAGGCUUGGGCUUCCUGGAUCCCGGUCGCCUGCAAGAAAUCCGGAGCUUUGCUUGAUAAGCUCUGCUCAACUCGAUGAGAAACCCCUUUUCCCUUUACAUCCUUCAAGUGAUGGUCACUGCCCCGCAUCACAGAAGACAACUUCAGGCAACAAAAGAGGGUUCACUGAUGCAAUGGAUGGAUUCUCAGAGGGUAAAUUUCUUUCUAAUUCGAAAGUAGAUGGGAUGCUGUCACCCAGACCUUCUUCCAACUUGGGACUGACAUCAGGUUCUGUGCUUGAGAGCCUUGGGGCUCAUCCAACAAAAGCUAAAGAGAUCACGCACCAGAAGGUGGUACAGGACAGACCUCAUGCUGCCAACGAUACCAGGCCUAAUCCUAAUGCGUCUGCAAACAAUAACAGUGGGGCACCUGCUACAAAGGCACAGGUUGUAGGUUGGCCUCCUAUUAGAUCAUUUAGGAAGAAUUCCUUGGUCACCACUUCGAAGAACGCUGAUAAAGUAGAUGGAAAGGCAGGGCCUGGUGCUCUGUUUAUUAAGGUCAGCAUGGAUGGUGCUCCUUAUUUGAGGAAAGUAGACUUGAAAAACUACUCUAAAUAUCAGGAGCUAUCUUCUGCGCUUGAGAAGAUGUUCAGCUGUUUUACCAUAGGUCAAUAUGGAUCUCAUGGAACCCUGGGCAGGGAGCUGCUGAGCGAAAGCAAGCUGAAGGAUCUGCUGCAUGGAUCAGAAUAUGUUCUUACGUAUGAGGAUAAAGAUGGUGACUGGAUGCUUGUGGGUGAUGUCCCAUGGGAGAUGUUUAUUGAUACCUGCAAAAGGCUGAGGAUCAUGAAAAGCUCUGAUGCCAUUGGACUGGCCCCAAGGGCCGUGGAAAAAUGCAGGAAUCGGAACUAGCUAGCGUCAUACAUGAUUUUUGCUAUCCAUGCAGCAGCCUUUCUGGAGAAGAUGUAGAAGCAAUUUCAAGAUUCUUUCUGAAAGAGAUGAGAGGUUGUUGGAGUGGGUAGGAGAUCAUGGGUAUCUGCUUUCGUAUGUUGCUUAUGUUUAUCUUCUCUUCGCGACGGCAUUUAUAUCAUGUAAGCCUGCUUUUGGUCUACUAAAGUUGUAAAAACCAUCAAGGCCCUGCGUUUGUAAUUUAAGAUUCAGUAAGUUCAGAGUCUGGACAAGCCCCUUUUCCCAAAACAGGAUCUUUAGUUUGUAAAGUGCUUUGUUGAACUUUCAUGGUGUGUGUGUCUGAAUGAUGAAAAACCUAAAUAUUAUCUGCAAACCUGACAUGAUUGGAGUAACAGUGUGCUGCUGCUUGUGUUUUUUAUUCUGCUUAACCAUUAUUUUGCGAGCAUUCUAGUCACAUUAACAUAUUUUCUGGGUAUG